CUUGAGUGCACACGACACUGGACAUAGCAAUGAUCGAGAUAAAAUAAUAAUAUAAUAAUCACGUGCUCAACAUUUUUUCGCCUUGUAGAAUUAUUAGUCGGUUUUUGUUAAUUGUUAAAGUUGUUGAAUACUUUAUAAACCAUCAUAGUUAUUCCGUUUGUGCUGGUGUGUGGUAAUAUGUGGUUUGCUGUGAUCUUAUCAAGAAAAUCUUGCGCCAAAUAUCUAACGCAAUAUAAUUUUUUAAUCAGUAGCUAGUACGCACUUACUUCGUACUUAUAAUGAAUGCUUUUAAUAAAGUGUUUUGAUUAGUAAAUGGCUUUGAUUAGAUACCAUUAGGCAGUGCAACUAUUUUUAUUUUCAAUAAAUCAUAUCAUAUACGUUACUACCUUUUUUUAAUAAGCGGCCAACAUGAUAACAGGCAGAUUACUGAUCCUUGUCCUAUUGGUGAAUUUUACAAGAUGUGAUAUAUACAAAUCAUGCUCGGAAGUUACAUUCUGUUCAAAAUUUCGGAACUACCCAGCAACAAGAUCCGAAUACUUUACAGCUGAAAUAGGUGAGGUUAAUGAGGACAAAAUGACCAAUAUAUUGACCCUUCCAUUGAGCAACGAGAAGGACGUAAAGUUAGAGCUACAAGUUUCUUUUUUGAGCAACUUCACAGCCAGGUUGAGAAUAACUGAAGUCAACAGAAAACGAUAUGAGUUGAAAGAAGUCUUAGAUCAUGAACCACAUGCUGUCAAAUAUGACAUCACGCAGCAGACGAAUCAUAAGUUACGCAUUCAUCCACAUGGCCUCCACGAUGCUAGUAUCAUUAUAAGCAGAGGAGCGCCGUUUUCUUUGGAACUUGCUUACAAGACACACACUCGCAUCAAUUUUGACUCCUCACAGUUGGUAUUUGAAAGCGCAGAAGAGGGCGAGGCCUUCAGCUUCAAUGUAGGAUUCCAGGGUUCUACAAACUUAUACGGACUUCAUCAUCAUGCUGAUAGAAUGACAUUGAGAGAAACCGUAGAAGCCGAUUCUGAUCCUUACCGGUUAAAAAAUGUUGAUGCUGGACAAUAUCAAACCAACUCUACUAAGUCCUUAUACGGAGCCGUUCCAGUUAUAUAUGGGCAUUCUAAAAAAAGUACUAGUGGGAUAUUUCUUCACAAUGCAGCUCAGCAGUGGGUUGAUAUAACUUACAAAGAAAAAUUGAAGCCUUCAGCUCGUUUUAUCGUAGAAGGAGGGACCUUGGAUCUCUUUUUAUUCUUUGGGCCUUCAUUCAAAGAUGUUGUCAGACAAUAUGUUGAUCUGACCGGAAGAAUGCAUAUGCCACAGUUAUGGACACUUGGCUACCAUCAAUGUCGAUACUCGUACUUGACGCAAGACGAUGUAAAGGAAGUAGUUACCAAAAUGGAGGAAUAUGAUUUUCCAAUGGAUGCCAUUUGGUUGGACAUAGAUUACACGGACGGCAAAAAGUACUUCACCUGGAAUCCACAGAAUUACUCAGACCCAGUCGGUUUACAAAAAUAUUUGGCAUCGAUGAACAAACGCUUGAUCACAAUCAUUGACCCACAUAUCAAGGUAGACUCGGAUUAUCCAGUAUACGUGGGCGGACAGGGGAAAUACUUUGUAAAAUGGGAAAAUGGUAGCGAUUUUCAAGGCGAUUGUUGGCCUGGUUUAUCAAGCUACAUAGAUUUCCUGAGCCCAGAAGCCAGAGCCUACUUUGCAAACUGGUAUCGAUACGACAAAUUCAACGGCAGUACUGAAACACUGGCUGGUAUUUGGAACGAUAUGAAUGAGCCCUCGGUGUUCAACGUGCCCCAAUGGGAAAAUACGUUUCCGCCUGAACUUGUGCACUAUGGGAAUGUCAGGCACAGAGAUAUCCAUAAUAUGUAUGGCUUUUUGCAGACGAAAGCAACCCACGAAGGGUUGCUAGCCAGAGACAAGCAUCUGAAGCGUCCCUUCAUCCUGACAAGGUCCUACUUUGCUGGGUCUCAACGGUACGCUGCAAUGUGGACCGGAGACAACACAGGUGAUUGGCCCUAUCUGCAAGUAACUUAUUCAGAAUGUGUUCUCUCGAAUCUUGUGGGACACGUUUUCUGUGGAGCUGACGUUGGAGGGUUCUUUUGGGACCCGGAACCAGAGUUACUUCAGCGAUGGUACCAGGCUGGAGUGUGGUUACCGUUCUAUAGGGGACACGCAAAUGCUGAUACAAAGAGGCGCGAACCAUAUCUGUUUCCCGAUGAUGUCCAAACAGUUGUUAGAAAUGCUCUCAAGACGCGUUAUAAGCACCUGCUCGUUUUCUACACUCUCUUUUAUCAGCAUGUCACCAAUGGUGAUCCUGUAGUCAGGCCUCUGUUUUAUGAAUACCCAGACAUGAUCGACAUCGAUGAUCACAUUUUGAUAGGCACAGAUAUCUUGGCAACACCAGUGAUGGAAAAGGGUGCUAAGACCAAAACAGUCCACUUUCCUGGUAAUGAAGAUACGUUUUGGUAUAGAGCUGACCUAUGUACUGGGAACUGGACGGUACAUAGAGGUGGAACCAAUGAAACGUUCAACGUGGAUAUACAGAACUCACCAUACUUCUACAGGGCAGGGAGUAUAGUGGUGGUCACGAACAAACAAAGGACUUCUACGGAAGGUCUCUUGGAUGACCACUUUACCAUAUAUGCCAACGCAGAUCCGAAAGGAUAUGCCACAGGAUUUCUCUACUCGGAUGAUGGAGUGAGUUUUGAUUAUCAAGACAAGGAUUAUUUCUGCCUAUUGGAGAUGAAAUACUAUACCCAUCCGGUGUACGGUUUUCAUUACGAACAGGUUAAAGGAAAUAUGGAACUUAAUUUUUCUUUUAAGGAAAUUGUGGUACACGAAAUACCAGAGUCAGGAAACAUAGCACCAAUCAGUAUCGAGGUAGUCCCUGGCAAAUAGCUGAAACUGGGACAAUAUAAUAAUAUGUACAUAUUUUAAAUAAAUUAUUACUUGAACAUUGAGUUAUGUAAUAACUAUGCAAAAGUAAACAAUAUUCUCAAAUGAUGAUUACAAAAUUAUAGCAAAAUAACACUUGAAUGUCACA